CGAUCCGGGUCAGAUCGGGAUCAGAUUUAGCCUUGGCCGAUCCGAUCCUGAUUCAGAGUUCUUAACCCAUGCUCUCGUCCCUCCUCCCUCAUCUUUUCUGAUUUUUGCACAUUACAGUCUCAGCUGCAAUUUCUCUCUAUUACCGCAAACCCCUCUGAAUUCUCACCACUCUUUGUUCGAAUCUUCUGUAAGUCCCAAGCUUGUAUGAGUUCUGGUUGUUCUGAGAUAAAAGCCUUUCUUCAAGCUCACGAUAGAAAGAGGGAGACGGAGAACCAGACUUGGUUUCAAGCGAUCGAACUGGAACAAAUAUAUUCUAGCAAAAAAGAAAAAAGAAAAAAAAAAAAGAACUCAAACAAACAGUCACUGAUGGACUCGAAAUUUCAAAGCUGGUAUGCCAGGUAGAUGCUGGGAGGUUGAGACUCAGGAAUUUUGAGCUUAAUUUUUUGAUCUAGGCAGCAUUUGAGGUUUGCUGUAGGAUGAGCGCUUUAGGACUUGCUGCUUGUGGCCCCUAUAAGCAAGGCAUAAAUAUUUCUUCUUCAUGCUGCCUACCUGCUUCACGGCCAUGCUUCUUACCAAUCUAUGCAAAUCGAACUACUCGGAGUUUCCCAGGACUUGUUUUUAAUGCAUCCAGCUAUCGGAGAUCGAUGCCAGUUUGCUUGUUUGGUGGUAAAGGAAACCCAGGGGAAGACAGUGAGGGUUCUCCGUGGUUUCCAUGGAAAGCACUUGAGAAAGGUUGGAAUGGUUUAACAAAGAGGCAGUCAAUGGAAGACAUAUUGAAGGAGCAAAUUCGGAAAGGACAAUUUGCUGGUGAGGGAGGUGGGACAGGAAUUCCCCCAGGUGGCCGCGAUGAUGGUUUUGGUGGUUCAGAGGAUGAAAGCUCUGAUGGUGUCUUGGAUGAAUUUAUUCAAGUAAUUUUGGCUACCAUUGGCCUUAUCUUUCUGUAUGUUUACAUCAUUGAUGGGGAGGAGUUGACUCGGCUGGCAGGUGACUUCAUCAAGUAUCUCUUUUCACGCAAGCAAAGUAAUCGUUUGAAGCAAACCAUGUACAUGUGGAGUAGAUUUUUCCAGAGGUUGACUAGGAAGGUUGAGGAGGUAGAUAGGUACUGGUUGGAACGUGAAAUCCUCAAUACACCUACAUGGUGGUACAACCCCAGAGAGUUUAGGAACUACCUGAGGUCUCGUCUUGCUUCAUUGUCAUCAUCAUCGUCAUCAUCACCAUCUUCUUCUUCUUAUUAUGAAUAGACCAGAGAUUUUGGAUAUUUCUUGCUCUUUCCUGUCAACCAUUUCAUUUAAACCAGGAAGCGUUCUAGCAGAAAUCUGAGUACAUAUAUAGCUUCUAGAAUACCAAGUAAAAUUUUUCGUAGAUGAACUUGUUUUACAGAUUGUGAAAUGCUAAAUUUUGUAUUUUGGAUAUUCUUGUUAUGUCUAGCUAAUUGAUGGUCCUUGAUUGCA